UCACCGCAUUAAACCGCCCCAACUCCAGAAGCGCCGGCCGAGAGCCGGGCGGGCUGCUUGCAUCCCGAGAUGCCAAGAGAUACAGGAGCCCAGUAACCGAGCCUCCCGAGAAGGAGGAGGAUGCUCCCACCCCAUCUCUCCCGCUGCCGCUGCCAGCCUGUCCGGAGUGGGAAGGCUUCGCUUGGAGGGAGAAAGGGAGCGGAGGGACAGGCAAUUUAAGAGUCUGCAGCUAGUGCGCAUCAGGACAUCAUGUCACAGGACAAGAAAUUCGAGACUGCUUAUAUCUGCAUAGAGGUGCUGAUUGCCCUUGUAUCCAUCCCCGGGAAUAUCCUGGUGAUCUGGGCUGUCAAAGUGAACAAGUCUCUCCGGGAUGCCACCUUCUACUUUAUUGUGUCUCUGGCAGUGGCAGACGCAGCUGUGGGAACCUUUGCAAUUCCUCUGGCCAUCAUUAUCUACCAAGCACCAACAAUGAAUUUCUACAAAUGCCUGGGGUUGAUAUGUCCUCUCCUCAUCCUCACCGAAAGCUCCAUUUUGGCAUUAUUGGCGAUUGCCGUGGAUCGCUAUCUCCGAGUCAAGAUCCCUAUCCGUUAUAAGAGUGUGGUGACCCCCAAACGUGCAGGGGUUGCUAUUGGAUGCUGCUGGCUGAUCUCCUUCCUUGUGGGCAUGACUCCGCUAUUUGGAUGGAACGCAUACGCACAGAGAAACAACACCUUCAACGGCACUUGCCAAUUUGACAAAGUCAUCAGAAUGGAAUACAUGGUGUAUUUCAAUUUCUUCGGAUGGGUGUUGCCUCCACUGGUCCUUAUGCUCAUCAUCUACAUAGCAGUCUUCAAGAUCAUUCGCAAACAACUCAGCAAAAAGUUUGGAUCCAGUUCAGCAUACCCAGAAAAAUAUUACGGGAAGGAACUGCAAAUUGCCAAGUCUCUUGCCUUGGUGCUAUUCCUUUUUGCUCUGUGCUGGCUUCCUCUGCACAUUUGCAACUGUAUCAACCUAUUUGUUUACAAACUAGAUUACGAAAAGCAUUUGCACAUCAUCACCAGUAUUGCUAUAUGUAUGACUCAUUGUAACUCAGCCAUGAACCCCAUUGUUUAUGCAUUUAGGAUUAAAAAAUUCAGGACCACAUUCCUGCAAAUCUGGAACCAAUAUUUUUAUUGCAAAGUGGACAGGAAUAUAAAUAAUAUUGGAAAUUCUGACAUUGCUAUUUAGGAGUUAUGGACUGCAGUGUUUGGGGCUGCAGCCUUCAAACUGUACAGGAUGAUCUGUAAAUAUUGCUUUCAUUGUCCAUUGUCUCUGAGCAGGCAAAGCUCAGAGGCAACCAAAAGUAUUAUUUAUUACUUCUACUAGCAAUAUUCAUUGUACCACUUGGUAUUCUGUUCUUAAGUUGAUAUAUAUUUACCUAUUUAAAGGGGAAAUAUACCAACAAAAGCUGUGACAUAUCUUUCAUUCCAAUAAAGAGGAAAUUAAUCUCUGUGGUUUUGUUUUCCCUGUAGUGAUUUGCAAUAUACUGUAGUAAAUGUUGAAGUCUUCAACAGUUAUAUAAGACAAUCCAGAGGAAAAAAACAAAGAGAAAUAUGGGGAAAAAACCUUGUCUUCAAUAAUUGUAAAACAUGGGCACU